CCGAGCCGCCCCUCAUCCUAUCAGGUCACCAUCUCAACGUCUGGCAGCAACCUAUCUCAUCAAAGCAAGCAACUUCCAUCAUUGCGUGACCGCAUAUUUGGACUCACCGUUCAGCUUGUGACAACACGCAAACUUAGCGAUCUCGGCCUCUUCUACGCUGUCGUGAACAGCUACGUCUACCUGAUCAUCAAUCGGAGUGGUCACGGGCCCCAGAUACAAAAGCGCUCGAACGACUUCCUCAAACAUAAAUACAACAAAUUCAAGCGACUUGUGGCUACCGUCCUGCUAUCCUUCGAUCUCGGCCAGGAACAACUCCACCAUGGGCGAAAACGACUACCCGUCGCUUCUUUUACUCCCAUCUCCUCCCGAUCCCCUCACCCGUGACUCGCUCAACGCCGCAUACCGACCUUCCAUCCAGUCCGCACUUUUAAAGGCAAGGCGGCCAACGGGUGCGGCUAGGCUUGUCGUCGCCAUCGUAUAUCCCGUACUUCGCGGGCAAUUUCUCCAUUCCAAGACCUUUUCCUGGUCGGAAGUUCAGAACCUCAUCGCUGGUGUUUACAGCCUUAUUUCAAUCCUCUGCGCCCAGUUCUCGAUCGACACCGAGAUGGAUGGUGGCCCCGGCUCGGUCGACUCGACGGUCAUUUUGAUCGACGACGACCGCAACAAGCGCUACCCCGACGACUUCCGCCCUGCCAUUGAGCCCAACAACACCGUCAUCGUUGAUAUGGCCACUUUUGCCUCGGCUUACUUCCCAUGGAACUUCAUCUUCACUGUCAGAAGCGAGCUCGGGUACCAGGUUUCUCAGACCUAUCUUAAGCUGGCCGAAGGAAGACAGAACCUGCUCCAGUCGCAGCUCGUUCCGGUGGAGGGCGGUCUGACAAUGAACGUUGCCAAGAGGGAGCCGGGGGGUUUGCCCGCGCAGACACCGACCUACCCCACGGUGUGCCUGGGUGGGACGUUUGAUUAUCUGCACCCGGGACACAAACUACUUCUCACUGCCGGCGCCCUCCUGCUUCAAGUUCCUCGGAGGGGCGACCCUUCGCCACCCUGCCGGUACAUUAUCGGCAUCACCGGCGACGAGAUGUUGAAGAACAAGAAAUUUGCCGACUACGUACAGAGCUGGGAGCAACGAGCACGGAACGUUAUCCUAUUUUUAUCGCAGCUGCUGGAGCUUUCCCCGCGGGGAUGGAAGGACGGCACAAGCGCGCAAAUCGAGGAGAAGGACGGCGAUUUUCAAGCUACCUUUCGGGACGGCACCAUCCAGGUUCACUGCGUACGAAUUCAAGAUGCUUUUGGUCCAACCAUCACGAUCGAGGAGAUCCAGGCGCUCGUCGUGUCGGGCGAGACAAGAUCCGGCGGGCAAGCUGUCAAUGAAAAGCGGCUCGAGAAAGGUUGGCAUGCGCUCGACGUCUUUGAAGUCGAUGUGCUUGAUGCCGAAGAGGUGUCGGAUGAGCCCACGAGGACGGAAAACUACGCGGCCAAGAUUAGCAGCACGGCCAUUAGGCAACAGAGGGCAUCAAGGGGCGGAAACACGAUUUGACUAAUAGUGUGCGAGCCCUGGUGGUGACAAAUCAGGGGAUUCAGCAUUUUGUGAUCCGCCUAAUUAUCUGUUAGAUCUGGACUUCUAAAACGGUGCUCUUCCUGAGUGUCACUGUGAA